AUGAAGAGGCACGAAAAUUUCGAAUGUCAGAAACCUCCUAGGUUCGGUUGCAAGCUGUGCGAGUACCAGUGUCACAGAAACAACGUGCUGAGACAGCACUAUGCCAAAAAACACGGCGUGUCCCAGAUGUUCACCAGGCCGGACAACCUCAGUAGACACAUAAGACUCAUCUGCGGACAAAACUCGCGACCCUUCUGCUGUCCCAUGUGCCAGAAGCGCUUCAAACUCAAGCACCACCUUAAAAACCACUUCAAAACCGACGACAAAAAAAAGUACAUGUGUCCGAAAUGUUGCACGCUGUUCACGCGCUCCGACAACCUUAGCCGGCACAUGCGCGUCAUCUGCGGGCAAAAUUACAGGCCAUUUUCGUGCUACGUGUGCCUCAAGGCGUUCAAGCUCAAGUACCACCUGAAGAAACACUUCUGCUGCGUGCAUCCCGAGCACUCAUUCGCUAGUCCUUCUAUUUUUACAUCGCGUUCUGUUUUAGAACAUGCUUGUCCGAACUGCUGGAAGAUUUACAAGUACAAAUCGAACCUGGGCAGGCACCUACGGUACGAGUGCAACAAGAGGCCUUCGUUCGCGUGCCCCCAUUGCUCGAAGGCUUACUACCAGAAGUCGAGCUUGAAGAGUCACGUCACGUACUCCCACGGAUUUUUCGACGAGAGGUUAUAG